AUGUUGCCACCUGUUGCAACGAGUCCAGUGCCUAUGCCGUCACCGACUUGGGUAUCGUUUGAGUCACCAUCGCCAGCAAGACCAACCUUUCAUAUGCCUACGCCGCCAGCAACUGAGUCUCACCUUGCGUCACCCAGUGGACAGAGCUUCCAGGUUGCUUCGCCAAGUGUACAGAGCUUUCAUGUCGCAUCGCCUAUGAGGCAAGGCUUCCAUGUGCCUUCUCCUACUGCGCAAGGUUUUUGUACCGACAUACGUCCUCCACCAGGCUUCCACAUCGAUGCCACUCUUGGACGAAACUUCUUGAAUGAUACGCCGCCAGGCUUCCAGCAUAGCACACCUGCUCAUGGAUUCCAUCCUCCUCCAUUAGAGUAUCGACAUGACUCUCCCUCUGCUCACAAUUUUGUCAAUGCGCCACCACCAAACAUGCGCUUCCCAUACAACCAACCCGACUUGCCAGCCGUCCCAGGUUUGAGUAUGGAAGAGAUGCAACGCAACAUGACUCAACUCCCAGGCGUGAGUGUUGAGGAUGUGCAGCGACAAAUGAGUGCGUUGCAAAUGCAAAUGAGUCAUCGCUACUUACGCGUGAGGGCAGCGGAAGAAGCAGCCAUUUCAUGGCAGAUGAAUCAGCAACUGCAACGACAAGGUCGGCAGUGGCAACAGCAAGCGCAGUGGUUUCAUCAGCAACAGCAAACGCAGCGUAUGCUUGAGCAGCAGAUGCGACAACAACGACAGCGUCGUCAGCAACCUGUACCACAACCAAUGGUGGAAGGACCUGGGUGA